AUGAAGAAGUUCACGUUCAAGGGGGUGCUGGACGGGUUCCGCAGCUCGGUGCAGGCGGCACCGCGCGGCGUCGAGCAAGAGAUUCAGGAGACGCUGCGUCCGGACCACUUCCAGGUUAAAAAGACAUUCAGACACGGCUUCCCGUUUUCGCCGACGGCGCUGGCAUGGGACCCCAUACAGAAGCUGUUGGCCGUCGGCGACAAGGGCGGCAACCUCAGAAUACUGGGCGGGCCGGGCGUGGAUGCGCACGUACGUCACGAGUGCGGCGAGGCGGUUCUCCACGCCAAGUUCCUGGUGAACGAAGGGGCACUCGCCACCGCCACCGCCGAUGACCAGCUCCAUCUGUGGACCUUCCGACAGAAGUCACCGCAGAAGGUGCAGUCACUUAAGUUCCAGAGAGAAAGGAUCACGUGCCUGCACCUCCCGCUGCAGUCCAAAUGGAUCCACGUGGGCACCGAGCGUGGGAACGUGCACGUGGUCAACAUAGAGACUUUCGCGCUCAGCGGCUAUGUCAUCAACUGGAACAAGGCCAUCGAAGUAACGAGACAAGUUCAUCCAGGUGCUGUGGUAGAAAUUAGUGAUAAUCCACUGGACGCCAGUAAGCUACUAAUAGCGUUCGAGACCGGGUUAGUGGUGGUGUGGGACCUGCGCUCCCGUCAAGCGGAGUGGCGCGGAUGUCUCGGCACCGGGACCCCAGCGGACGGCAUCCGAGCUGCGGCCUGGCAACACGACGGGAAACUGAUGACCGCGCACCAAGACGGAGCACUCGCCACGUGGAGCACGCGCUCCCCCCGCCCCACAUCCGUCUCUUAUCCACACGCAAAGGCGAACAAAGACGGUAAAUUGGAGCCCUGUAAGCCCAUACUGAGACUUGAAUGGAAAACUUCGAGAACAGGUGAGAGUCUGGUGAUUUUCUCCGGUGGUCUGCCUUCGGACAAGGCUGGUCGAACACACAGCGUGACCGUCCUGAACGGGAAGACCACCACCGUACUGGAGAUGGAGCAUGCAGUCGUGGACUUCCUCACGCUCUGUGAGACACCUUAUACUGCAGAGUCCCAGGAGCCGUACGCGAUAGUGGUGCUGCUGCAGAGCGACCUGGUGGUGAUCGACCUGCAGACGCCAGGGUACCCCUGCUUCGAGAACCCCUACCCCAUGGACAUCCACGAGUCGCCGGUCACCUGCUGCUCAUACUUCGCUGAUUGCCCCUCCGACUUGAUACCGGCGUUCUACUCGGUGGGUCGACAGGCGGCCAAGAAAGCGGCCGGUUUCAGUGACAAAUUAUGGCCCAUCAGUGGGGGCGAGUGGGCGCCCGCCUCCUGCUCCUAUAGCGAGAUCAUACUCACCGGACACGCAGACGGCAGUGUAAAGUUUUGGGAUGCGAGUGCCGGGACCCUACAAAUUUUGUAUAAAUUAAAAUGUUCCAAAGGUAAACGGCGCGCGGGUAGCGCCGGAGGGAGCGGCGGGAGCGGUGGGGGCGGAGGCAGCGGGGGCGGGUGGGAGGAGGAGAGUCCGCUGAGCAUACAACAGAUGGCGCUGUGUGCGGAGUCACGCCGCCUCGCGGUAGCGCUACCACACGGGCACUGUGUACUCUUCAAGUUCCGCAAAACGGAGACAAAUGCAGAGACCCACGUUUUAGAAAUUCCAGUAAUAUCAGAAGCUUUAGAAGAAGAAACGUCGCCGGAGUUCGAAAGCGCCCGAUCCAUGUCGUUCAGUAGAGGAGGAGACGCCUCGGAGGGAGAGAGCAGAAGAUCGGGCGUGUGGGCGGGGUGCGGGGCGGGCAGCGCGGCGGCGGGGGGGCUGCGCGUGCGAGGCGCAGCGGGGACGGGGGCGGGGGCGGGGGGCGCGCGGCGGGCCGCCGGCUUCCAGCCGCAGCUGGUGGCGCUGCAGGCCGGCCCGCCGCACCCCGUCACCGCGCUCGCCAUCAACUGCUCCACCGGCCUCAUGGCGUGGGGCGGGGAGCGCGGCGUGGUGGUGGUGGACGCGUGGCGGCGCUGCGUGGUGGCGGCGCUGCCCCCCGCGCACCUCUACCUGCCCCCGCGCACCCCCCUCAAUCCCCAGAACCCUCCGCCCGACCGCCAGCGGUCGCCCAGCCUCGACCAGCCGGAGGAGCCGGCGCGCUCGCCCGCCGACCCCGCGGAGCCCGACGAGACCGAGGAGCGCCGCCCGGACCCCACCGCCCGCCGGAAGUCCUCCACCUGGAAGACGUUCAACCUGAAGCGGCAGCUGUCCAAAGUCGAUCUGAAAUUCAAAGCGGCGUUCACGACCCCCGCCGAGGAAGCGACCGACCGCGCCGAGCCGAGCGGCGCCGACGCCGAGGCGAUCGAACCCGCCGAUAACGUCGAAGCCAAGGAGACCGAGACGAUCAGCUCGCCCGAGGAGGCGGAGGGCGCGGGGGCGGGGGCGGGGGCGGGGGCGGACGUGUUCGAGCGAAUGCACCGCGAGCUGCAGGAGCGGCGCGCCACGGACGCGUACGAACGCAUGCACCGCGAGCUGCAGCAGCGCUGGCAGGAGCGCGAGCGGGAGCGGGAGCGGGAGGAGGGCGAGCAGCCGGUGGCGCCGCCGCGCCGGGGGCGGGAGCGGGGUGGGGACUCGCGGCUGCUGUCGGUGCCUAACAUAAAGUACGGUAAACAGGAGCGCCGCCGCCCGCCCGCGGCCGCUCCCGCCCCCGCGUCCGCCCCCGCGCCGCCCUCGUUCGCCGGCAACCUGAUGCGGCGCUUCAACAAGUUGGACAGCUCGUUCUCACGGUCGCGGUCCAGCUCCAUGUCCAGUCUGGAGAACAUCUCGCAGGAGGGCAUACAGUGUCUCGCAUUCGCUGACAGCUACACGAAGAAGUCAGAUCCGACGACGCUGUUGCCGACGCUGUGGAUAGGUACCACGCUGGGUUCGGUGCUGACGAUGCAGAUUAGCCUGCCCGAAGCUGACGCGCGACAUACACAGCCUGUGCUAGUCUCCACCACAGGUGGACCCAUAUUUAGGUUAAAAGGCUCAAUACUGACGAUGUCGUUUCUGGACUGUAACGGUGCUCUCAUACCUUAUUCAUACGAAAGUUGGAAGGACGAUAGUAAAGAUGUAACUAGUACGCGGCGCGAGCGCACGCCGACGAAGCAGAGCUCGUCGAGCAGCGGCAGCCGGAUGUCGCCGACGCCCGGCGCCGGACCGGAGCCGUCCGGCAGCGGCGGGUCCGGCGCCGGAGACAGACAGUUCGUGGUCAUCGCGUCCGAGAAACAGGCGCGAGUGGUCGCGUUGCCCUCACAGAACUGCGUCUACAGACAACAGAUCGUCGACACAGAUUUCGUCGUCAAGGCGGAGAUAGUCAGCCUUAAAGAUAGUGUAUGUCUCGUCAAUUACCUGUCGACCGGUCACCUGGUCGCGUACAGCCUGCCCUCGCUGCGACCGUUGGUGGACGUGGAUUUCCUCCCCCUCUCCGAGCUCAGGAUAGCGCGGACUUUCUGCUUCAGUAACCGCGGCCACGGACUGUACCUCGCCUCUCCCAGUGAAAUACAAAAGUUCACCAUCGACGCAGAGUUCUGUCAACAGCUCAACGAGAUGAUGGGGGAACUGUUUCUGCCGCGAGACAUGCCGGAGCCGCCCAAGGAGAGCUUCUUCCGGGGAUUAUUCGGGGGCGUGUCCCGAACUCUCGACAGGGAGGAACUCUUCGGAGAGAGCAGCGGCAAGCCGAACCGCGCCGUGGCCCGCGUGGUGCAGGGCGCGGGGGCGGGCGCGGGGGCGGGGGCGGUGGAGGCGCUGGGGGCGCGCGCGGCGCACGCGGGGGGCGAGGUGGCGCGCGCGCACCAGCUGGUGCUGGAGCGCGGGGACAAGCUGUCGCAGCUGGAGGACCGCACCGAGCGGAUGCACUCGCAGGCCGCCGAGUUCUCCUCCUCCGCGCACCAGCUCAUGCUCAAGUACAAGGACAAGAAGUGGUACCAGCUGUGA